GCGCAUGCGCUGGGUGGGACAGGCGGCGUUGAAAACCAUGGCGUGGGUACCUGCGGAGUCUGCGGUGGAGGAGUUGAUGCCCCGGCUGUUGCCAGUGGAGCCCUGCGACUUGACAGACAGUUUUGAUCCCAACGUACCUCCGAGGACUCCCCAAGAAUACCUAAGGCGGGUCCAGAUCGAAGCAGCUCAAUGUCCAGAUGUUGUGGUAGCUCAAAUUGACCCAAAGAAAUUGAAAAGGAAGCAAAGUGUGAAUGUUUCUCUUUCAGGAUGCCAACCUGCUCCUGAAGGAUAUUCCCCCACUCUUCAGUGGCAACAGCAGCAAGUGGCACAGUUUUCAACUGUUCGGCAGAGUGUGAACAGACAUAGAAGUCACUGGAAAUCACAGCAGUUGGAUAGUAAUGUGACCAUGCCAAAAUCUGAAGAUGAAGAAGGCUGGAAAAAAUUUUGUCUGGGUGAGAGGUUAUGUGCUGAAGGGGCUGUUGGACCAGCUGCAAGUGAAAGUCCUGGAAUCGAUUAUGUACAAAUUGGUUUUCCUCCCUUGCUUAGUAUUGUUAGCAGAAUGAAUCAGGCAACAGUAACUAGUGUCUUGGAAUAUCUGAGUAAUUGGUUUGGAGAAAGAGACUUUACUCCAGAAUUGGGAAGAUGGCUUUAUGCCUUAUUGGCUUGUCUUGAAAAACCUUUAUUACCAGAGGCUCAUUCACUGAUUCGGCAGCUUGCAAGAAGGUGCUCUGAAGUGAGGCUUUUAGUGGACAGCAAAGAUGAUGAGAGGGUUCCUGCUUUGAAUUUGUUAAUCUGCUUGGUUAGCAGGUAUUUUGACCAGCGUGACUUAGCUGAUGAGCCAUCCUGAUAAUAGCUGAUCUCUCAGGGAUAGAAGAUAUUUGUAAUGAAGACAGCCUAAGUCUGAGGCAGUGCAAUGCCAGUUCAAGUACAGAUUGCAUCACAUCUUCAGCACUAUGUGAAGCAUCUUCAUUUUAACCUGUGCAACUCAAGUGGAUAUUCAGAAGAUAGAUUGUGUUGGUAUAAGUAUCUGAGGUAUCUUUGAAAGAUGUUACCCAGUUUUUGCUGAACAGUUUAGUUUUCUAUAAUCACAUGCUUUUAAAAGAAAUUGAAUGAUUUAUUGGUGAAGCAUCCUGCACAGAAACUGUAUGACGAAAUUGUACAGAGGUCGUUGGUGCUGUUUCAUUGUUUAUUCACAUAUACACAUAUAAAAUUUUAUUGAAAAUGUGUUCUGGUUACUAAAUUUUGUUUGACUAUUUAACAAAACAAAAGACAAUGGAUAAAUGUCCUUAGUAUUAGAAUUAAGAUAAUCUAGAUUAUAUGGCACGUGUAUUCAUAGUCAGCAGCAAAAUUAGUAUAACAUUUUCCCUUUAAGCUCUAUACUUAUAUUUUUAAAUGCUUUCUUUCUUUCUUUUUAUAAUUUUUUGUUUAUUUUUGGCUGCAUUGGGUCUUUGUUGCUGCACGUGGGCUUUCUCUAGUUGUGGCAAGCAGGGGCUACUCUUCGUUGCGGUGUGCAGGCUUCUCAUUGCAGUGGCUUCUUUUGUUGUGGAGCGUGGACUCUAGGUGAACAGGCUUCAGUAUUUGUGCCUCAUGGGCUCUAGAGUGCAGGCUAAGUAGUUGUGGCACACGGGCUUAGUUGCUCUGCUGUAUGUGGGAUCUUCCCAGACCAGGGCUUGAACCCAUGUCCCCUGCAUACGCAGGCGGAUUCUUAACCACUGUGCCACCAGGGAAGCCCCUAAAUGUCUUCUUGUAUAAACAAAACUUUUUUCUUUACAAGUAAUUUUCAGUAGUACCCUAAAAGGUCAACUGUUUUAAUUUUCCUCUCAACAUCUUUUAUUCAUAUCACUUACAAUUUAUCUAUUUCUUUUUUUUUUUUUUUUUUUUUGGCUGUGUUGGGUUUUCAUUGUUGCAUGCAGGCCUUCUCUACUUGCGGCAAGUGGGGGCUACUCUUUGCUGCAGUGCCUGG